AUGCUAUUGACAGCCUUCUGUGUUAUGGCGAGCGUUCUCGCGGCAACCUGUACUGUUGAGGCCAACACACGAGAUUGCGCAGAGAGUAAGUGUGAAAUGGUUGGCGGCACUGAAGUUUGUACAGAAUGUAAAUAUGCUGGGAACGUCCCAAUUAACGGUGUAUGCAAGCAAAAAGGUGACAGCGCCGUUACCACUUCUGGCUGCAAAAAGGAAGAUGGAACUGGACUAGCAGAAGACAAGGUAUGUGAACGGUGUGAAGAUGCUUAUUUCCUCUAUAAGGGUGGAUGUUAUAGUGUAGAUAACGAACCUGGACAGAAACUUUGUAUCAAGGCUGCGGAGGGAGCGUGCACAGAGGCGGCUCCGGGGUACUUUGUUCCACCACAGGCAAUUAGAUCAGAUCAGUCUGUGAUAGCAUGUAACGACACUAUCAGCGUACAAGUUCUUUCUGGUAGAUCAUAUAUGGGAAUCGCUCACUGUACACUAUGUGACUCUCCCAAAAUAGCAAGUGAUCCUGCCCCUAAGCCUGCAGUGUGCACGGCCUGUGAGGACGGGUACUUCCUCGGAGCAGCUGGUGAUAAAGAGAGCAAAUGCAUAUUGUGCGGAGAUACAUCUGGCAGUACAUGGAAGGGCGUUGAUGGGUGCCUGAAGUGCACUGCAUCGGGAAAAGCAGACACCCCUGCCACAUGCACUGAGUGCCAAGAAGGCAAGUACCUGAAAGGUGGCGAUCCCACUAGCUGUAUUCUCAGAAACGCAUGCACCGGAACGCACUUCCCCAACGACAAUGCAGAGAAUAAGAAGAAGUGUCUUCCUUGUGGUGAGAAUGCUAACGGUGGUAUAGAGAACUGUGCCGAGUGCUCGCUACUCAGUUCCGUAAGCGGAUCCGCCACCGUUCUCAUCAAGUGCUCUAAGUGCGGUUCUGAUAAAAAGCUCAGCCCCCUCAAGGACGCGUGCCUGGACAGCUGCCCCGUCGGAACAUACGACAAGCAAAGCGUCUGUACCCCUUGCCACUCGUCGUGCGCCAGCUGUACAGAUACGACCAGCACUACUUGCACCGCAUGCUACUCUGGGUUUGUGUUGAGCGCUGCAUCCGGUGCGUCUGCUGGCACAUGCAUCCAGGAGUGCACAGGACAGUACGCAGAGAACUGUGCAGAUGGACAAUGCACGGCCAUCGUUGGUGGCUCUAAGUACUGCAGCAGGUGCAAGGCAGGAUACGUUCCAGUGGACGGCGUCUGUGUGUCGACAACGACAAGAGCAGUAACUGGAUGCACCCCGGGUGAUGGGGUAUGUACUGCGUGUACAGGUUCAUACUUUCUGCAGUCUGGCGGGUGCUAUCAGUCAACAGUGUAUCCUGGCAAUACUCUCUGCUCUAGUGCUAACAAUGGAAAGUGCACGAGCUGCACCAACGGGCAAACAGCAGAUAAAAAUUCUGGUUCCUGCCCGGCGUGUCCGGAUGGCUGCUCAAAAUGUACGGGAAGUGCUUCUCCACAGCAGUGUUCGGAGUGCCUCCCAGGAUACUACAAGUCCGGGGAUAAGUGCGUGAAGUGUGAUGCUAGUGCCAACGGAAUAGUUGGUGUGCCUAAUUGCGUAAGCUGUGCUCCUCCAUCUAAUGGUCAAGGAUCUGUCACCUGCUAUGUCAAUGGAAGCGGUACCAGCAGAGCUGAUGCCAAUAGAAGUGGCCUCAGCCCUAGCGCCAUCGCAGGCGUCUCUGUUGUCGUCAUCAUCGUUGUCGGAGGCCUCGCCGGUUUUCUCUGUUGGUGGUUCAUUGGCCGCAGAAAAGCAUAA